CCCGGCCCCGGGAGGCGGGCCGAGGGGGCGGGCGGAGGCGGGGAGCAGGCUGCGGACCCCGGGAAGAAAAGAAUAUGGCUCCUGCGGCCGAGGGCAGCGGCGCCCCGGGGCGCGCUAGGCGCCAGUGACCGAGAUGGUGAACUCCAACCGCGUGCAGCCGCAGCCGCCCGGAGAUGCGAAGCGCUCGCCCGCGCCGCGAGCUCCGGGACCCGGCCGGCUGGCUGCGGGAGGCGCGGCUGUGAGGGGCGGCCUGGCGGUCCCCGGAGGCCUCCGGGAGCAGCGGGGCCUGGAGAUCGAGAUGGAGCGCAUCCGGCAAGCGGCUGCGCGGGAUCCUCCCGCCGGAGCCUCGGCUUCCCCAUCCCCUCCGCUCUCGUCUUGCUCCCGGCAGGCGUGGAGCCGCGAUAACCCGGGCUUCGAGGCCGAGGAGGACGAUGACGACGACGAGGUGGAAGGGGAGGAAGGAGGAAUGGUGGUGGAGAUGGACGUGGAGUGGCGUCCGGGCAGUCGCAGGUCGGCCUCCUCCUCUGCUGUGAGCUCGACAGGAGCCCACGGCCGAGCCCUGGGGAGCUACCGAGGCACCGGGCACCCGAGUGGGAGGAGGCGCCGGCUAGAGGACCAGGGCGCGCCGUGUCCCAGCCCCGCAGGCGGCGGGGACCCGUUGCAUCGCCAUCUCCCGCUGAAUGGGCAGCUGCCCCGAGUGGCUUGGGCCGAGAGACUGGUGCGCGGGCUGCGAGGUCUCUGGGGAACAAGACUCAUGGAGGAGCGCAGCACUAACCGGGAGAAAUACCUGAAAAGUGUGCUGCUGGAGCUGGUCAUUUACCUCCUGUUCCUCAUCGUCCUGUGCAUCUUGACCUACGGCAUGAUGAGUUCCAAUGUGUACUACUACACGCGAACAUUGUCCCAGCUUUUCAUAGACACCCCAGUGUCUAAAACAGAGAAAGCCAACUUUAAAACUCUCUCCUCGAUGGAAGAUUUCUGGAAGUUCGCAGAAGGCUCUUUCCUGGACGGGCUCUACUGGAAGGCGGAGGCGGGUAACCACACGCAAGCCAAUAACCGAAGCUUCAUUUUCUACGAGAACCUGCUGCUAGGAGUGCCUCGUAUACGCCAGCUCAGAGUCAGAAACGGAUCCUGCUCCAUUCCUCAGGACUUGCGAGAUGAAAUUAAAGAGUGCUAUGACGUCUACUCUGUCAGUAGUGAGGACAGGGCUCCGUUUGGACCGCGAAACGGAACUGCGUGGAUCUACACAAGUGAAAAGGACUUGAACGGGAGCAGCCACUGGGGGAUCAUUGCAACUUACAGUGGAGCAGGCUAUUACUUGGAUCUGUCCAGGACCAGGGAGGAAACGGCUUCUCAGAUUGCUGGCCUCAGGAGGAACUUCUGGCUGGACCGGGGGACCCGAGCAACUUUCAUUGACUUUUCAGUGUACAACGCCAACAUUAAUCUGUUCUGCGUGGUCAGGUUACUGGUGGAAUUCCCAGCAACAGGGGGCGUGGUACCCUCUUGGCAGUUCCAGCCUGUGAAACUGACCCACUAUGCCACAGCCUUUGAUUUCUUCCUGGCAGCCUGUGAGAUUAUCUUUUGUUUAUUUAUCCUCUACUAUGUGGUGGAAGAGAUAUUGGAGAUUCGCAUUCACAGACUACACUAUUUCAGGAGUUUCUGGAAUUGUCUGGAUGUUGUGAUUGUUGUGUUAUCCAUAGUGGCUGUGGUAAUUAACAUUUGCCGAAUGUCAAAUGUAGAGGGUCUAUUGCGGUUUCUUGAGGAUCAAAAUACUUUCCCCAACUUCGAGCAUGUGGCAUACUGGCAAAUCCAGUUCAACAAUAUAGCCGCUGUCAAUGUAUUUUUGGUCUGGAUCAAGGUAAGUUAUACAAAUAGACACACACACACACACACACACACACACAAACAUAAAUCACACGGACCAUUCCCUUUUGGCGAGGUUGACCUGGCCGGGUGGAUGACCAUGAGCCAGCUCUCCACAACUAUGUCUAGAUGUGCCAAAGACCUCUUUGGAUUCACCAUUAUGUUCUUCAUUGUUUUCUUGGCAUAUGCUCAGUUGGCAUACCUUGUCUUUGGCACUCAAGUUGAUGACUUCAGUACUUUCCAAGAGUGUAUCUUCACUCAGUUUCGCAUCAUUUUGGGGGACAUCAACUUCGCAGAGAUUGAGGAAGCUAACCGGGUUUUGGGACCACUUUAUUUCACUACAUUUGUGUUCUUUAUGUUCUUCAUUCUUUUGAACAUGUUUUUGGCCAUCAUCAAUGAUACUUAUUCGGAAGUGAAGUCGGAUCUGGCCCAGCAGAAAGCGGAAAUGGAACUCUCAGACCUUAUCAGAAAGGGCUACCAGAAAGCACUGGUCAAACUAAAACUUAAAAGAAACACUGUAGACGACAUCUCAGAGAGUCUCCGGCAAGGUGGGGGCAAGUUAAACUUUGCUGAGCUUCGGCAGGACCUGAAAGGGAAAGGCCAUACUGAUGCAGAAAUUGAGGCUAUAUUCACUAAAUAUGACCAGGAUGGCGAUCAGGAGCUGACGGAACGUGAGCAUCAACAGAUGAGAGACGACUUGGAGAAAGAGAGGGAGGACCUGGACUUAGAACACAGCUCUUUGCCACGUCCCAUGAGCAGCAGGAGUUUCCCUAGAAGCCUGGAUGACUCGGAGGAGGAGGAUGAUGAUGACAGUGGGCAUAGCUCCAGGAGGAGGGGCAGUAUCUCCAGCGGGGUUUCCUAUGAAGAGUUCCAGGUGCUGGUGAGACGCGUGGACCGCAUGGAGCACUCCAUAGGCAGCAUCGUGUCCAAGAUCGAUGCUGUCAUUGUCAAGCUUGAGAUCAUGGAGCGGGCGAAGCUCAAGAGGCGAGAGGUGCUAGGGAGGCUGCUGGAUGGAGUGGCUGAGGAUGACAGACUGGGUCGUGACAGCGAGGUCCACAGGGAACAGAUGGAGCGCCUGGUGCGGGAAGAGUUGGAGCGCUGGGAAUCAGAUGAUGUGGCGUCGCAGACAGGUCAUGGUCUGGGCACACAAGUGGAACUCGAUGGUCAGCCGCACCCCAGAAGCUCCCGGCCUCCCUCCUCCCAGUCUGCAGAGGGCCUAGAAAGCGGAGGUGGAAAUGGAAGCGCCAAUGUCCACGUGUAAUAAUCCGCGAGUGUUUGCAUGUGUGUUUCUCAGACACGAAGAGGUCGUGUCCAGUACGGCAAUGUUAAUUGCAAUAUUUAUACGCCUGGCUACAUGAGGAUGCUGGUCUUUGUGACCAAUUGUUAUAAUUGUCUGCACUUUAAUUUAUUGUACGUAAACUUUGCCAUUGGUUCAAGGAGGAUUGUUUUACUUUUUCUCAUGUGAGAAAUCUAGAUGUAAAUAUUGAGUUCAGAAAACAAAAAAAAUUUGAAAAGUAUGCCCAGUAGCUGCCCUGUCCAAGUCUUCAGGUGACAAUAAAGAAGCCUUUAAAAGUUGUUCUGAGUUCAUGUCCAGUCCCUGCAUUCGGCAGUGGCAGUCCUGUACAAUGCCUUAGGGAAAACCAGGCUUUUUUUUUUCCGACUUAGAUGUAACUUGAGAAAUUCCUGCAAGCUUCCUUCUAAGAGAGCAGUCCUAUUUCACCAGCCUUUCUCGGGUGAACUUCUCCCACAGACGGAGUAGGAAAGAACUCCCAAGCAGAGUAUGGACAUGGAGCCAUUGCUGAAAUGUGUAUGAACAGUUGGGAUAGAUAUUAAGUGCUAUCUCGUUUUUCCUAUUAUAUUCCCAGUUUGUGGGACUAAGCAUAUCAUUUAUUUUUUGUAUUAUUUAACUUUUGUUGGACACUUGUUAAGAAAAGCCGAAAGGAUAAAUUAUAUUAUUAUUAUAUUAAAGGUAGGAGAAUUGGAAAGAGUCCUAAUCUGUCACUAAACUUGACUUUUCAAUUCUUUGUUAGCAUAGGAAUUUCUCCUGUUUCACUGCAGCUGAAUCUAAUAUUAAGAUAACUAAUGAGUAAGACAAACUUGCUGGAUAUUUUAUUUUUGUAUGCAGUGAAAGUUUUAACUCAGCAACUGUGCACAUAUGAAGUAGUACUUUAAGGAAGUUAAAAAUGCAUAAAAGCUUUAUAAAAGGAAAGGUUUGGCUUAUGUUCUAUCUAAAAUAUAGUUCUCAAAUAUUCGUCAUUUUAUAUUUCAGAAUGAAAACAUACAAUGCAAAUUUAGUUCAUUUUCAUGUAAGGGGCCUCUAAUAUUAAGGGGUUUUCCAUUAUAGAAGGGAUCAGCUAAAUGUUGCACAUCAGCAAUGGUUUCAUUAGGCAAGGGUCUCUCUAAAUUGAUGGGAGAAAUCUAUUUCUCAAUAUAUGUUGCUGUUGUUGAUGUUAAAGACUGGGUUUCACUGUCUAAUCCUGGCUGGUCUCAGACGCACAGCGAUGCAUCUGCUCUGUGCCUCCUGCAUGCUGGGAUUACGGACAUGUGUAAUCACACCAGGCUAAAAUGAUUGUUUUGAAAAGUGCUGAAUAACCUGGUCUUUUGAGAGCCAAGGACAAAAGCCACGCUGGUCGGCAUUCAGCAGAUAGAGACCAGGUAGAAGACAGCCCCGGACUUGAGUGCUGUUCUUGAAAUUCUCCAGCAUUCAUUUAGUUUAUCAGACCUGCAACAAACUGCCGAGCAAACAGACCUUUCUAGAAGCUUCUACAGAAGCAAAGCUUGUUGAAUUUCCUUAAUUUUGAUGACUCCCGUCUAUUGUAUUCUCUUUUAAAUAUGCUAUGCUAAUAUUUUUUCCCUGGGUAUUGAAGUUUGCAGUCCAGGGGUAUAUUGUAUGUAUGUACUUACAUAUGUGUAUUGUGUUGUUACAUGUAAACAAACUUCAACUUGAAGUGCAUUCAUUAUGUGGUAUCCAUGUGUAUCGACCACGUGCCAUAUAUCUGUUAUGGUCACUGGAACAUCAUUUUAUGAUGCUUGUUAUUAUACUGUUUCUCAUUUAACUUGUAAAAUUUUGCAGAACGCUUUUUUCUCUUUUCACAUAUACAUUUAUAUAUUUUUCUACUUUGGUCCUGGGGAGUUCAGUCCCAAUCUCUUUUCUAUUAUCUUCCCCUCUGUAAUAGGUAUAGUUAAGAUAUAUAUUCAAGGUUCUUCUGACAAUCAAGAAUUUCCUAACUGUAAUAGUUUGUACAUUACUUAAUAAAGACUUGACAUGGUA